UCGUAGUCAGCAGUAUAACACUGCAGUACGUGGCGGUUGCAACAAAAUGUGUAUAUAACUUUAUAAAAAUCACACCGCGCUUUUGUGUACCUACUUAUUUCUUAUACCUAUAUUAUGUAAAAUAUAAGUGCAUUUGAUUCGUAAAAUCCGUCACCACCGCCUCCACAACGUGCGAAUUAUGGUGUUCGUUAUCGGCAAUUAUUUUUUUUUGUGUUUAUUAAGACUUUGUGUAUACAUAAUAUUAUAUAGGUAGGUAUAAAAUACACACCUGUUAUACGAUUUUCAUCGUGACGGAUUUUGUAUAACUUAUUAUUUUAUUAUGUUAAACUUGAUUUACUGACUACUAAAGUUUUACUAUAUAUAGUUUUUAUAGCCACCAGUGUUAUGGAAAUAUUCUUACCCUGAACAGCUCCGCGUUGUGGUGGAAAGAAAUGAAGCGCAAACAGCACGAAAUUGACAUGAGUGGAGGUGGCGGUGGUGGUGGGCUGGCGAGCCGGUGAACAUCGGUCGCAGAUGGAACGACAGAGGCGCUUGCACGUCGUGGUCUCCUUGGAAACGUUAACCGAAGCCAUUUUCGGGCCAAUAACUAUACGUCAUCCGGGUUCACACGGAGUCGUAAACUGGCGAGAACACUACUCAUUCUGCACAUGUCUCACGACUGUUGUAUUUGCACGACCGAUAAUAUGCGACCUCCAGUUCAUACGGAGCUGGAUAUUUAUUUGACGACGUAGGCGAGAGACGUCUAAACUAGUGUUUCACGACUAAACCGUUCGUGUUCACUCCUUCACUCCAAUAUGCCGGAUGUAACAAUGCCGAGCUAGAUGCUGAAAUCGAAAAUAAUCCGACAACCACACAAACAAUCCUCAAAGAGGAUGUAAUAAAAGACAACGUUGAAAAAGAUAGUCAACUGGCUGAGAAAUCCGGAAAUACAGCCGUAACAUUUAGUGACUUUUUCAAAUCAAUGAAGUCGAAAAUUGUCGAUUUAGAUGAAGUGGUAGUUAAAUGUGAACCCAAAAAGAAGUCCAUGUCCAAAAUACCAAAAUUUGGUUUUGAUCCUGCAGCAGAUCCUGUGUUUGGCUUAUGUAUGAUCAAUCCAUUGUUAUCGUCUCAGACAAUUCAAGAUAGAAUGAUUGGCAAAAUACCAGUACCCGUCAGCCAAGUAAAAAAUCAUCUCAAGUCUGCAGACAAUUCUGAUUGGGUUGUAGCUGGCGUUUUAGUAAACAAAUCUCUUCCCAAGACUUCACAGAAAGGUUCUACUUUUAGCAUAUGGAAGAUAAGUGACUUAAAAGCAGGUAUGAGUACUGUUACAAUAUUUUUAUUUGGCCGGUCACAUGCUGACUUAUGGAAAACAGACAUAGGAUUUGUUGUUGGAAUAUUGAAUCCAAAAGAAAUGGAUGGUAAAGAUAAGAAGGAUGAAGUAGUAUUAUCCAUAAAUAGUGGUGACCAAGUGAUGCUGUGGGGCAGAUCCAAAGAUUAUGGGACUUGUAAAGGAAUUAAGAAAAAUGGAGAUAAGUGUGAUAUGUUUGUAAACAUCAAUAACUGUGACGUUUGUACAUUUCAUGUAAAACGAGAAUAUAUCAAGCAUUGUAGUCAAAGAGCAAAUAUUGGAAAUUCUAGACCAACAGCUGCCCACAGUUUACGAGAUAAAGUAUUGGGAAAAAACGAGGUAUUUUAUGGUGGUCAAAGUUUUGUAUCUACUAAAUCUAAUCAUUCAAAGUUGAUGAAAGAAGACCAAGUUAAGCUUCAACGAUUGAAUUUGGCUAAAAAGCCUGCAUUAGACCCAAUUGAAACUCAUACCACACCUCGUACAACUAUUGCUAAUCGUCGAGCUACCGCUAUUAAAGGCUUUGUUAAUGAUAUAAAAAACAAUGAAAUUAGUGGAUCAGGAAAAAAAAAUAUUGAUCAUAAAGAAGCUCAAAAAAUGUGUACAUUCAAAGAAAUUUUAGGUAGCUCAGCAAAUCUUAAAAACUUUGGAUCUAUGCAUCCAAAGUGUGCCAAAGUAAAUGCAUUAAACUGGAUUAAAUCACAUGGGCCAAUCCAAAAAGAAAAUCCCAAUUUAUUUGAAAAAAGUAAGGGUGGUGGUAAAAAAAGAAAAUUACCUGAAGAUAUUGUUUUAGAUAUAGAACAAAAAAAAAAAGUUGCUAUUGAAGAAAAAGUUUCGCCAAGAUUUUUGGAGCUAAUGAAAGCUACAUCUCAGAACCAAGAUCUUAUUGAUACAGCUCAGCAAGAAGCUGAAAACAAAUAUUUUGAUCAAAUGGAUAAAAAAGAAAAAAUGGAAUACAAAAUGAUGAACACAUAUAAGGUGCCAUGCAAAGCUGUACGUUGUUUAGUAUGCAAGUAUACUUGGUUUUCAGCAUCUGAAUGGUGUAAAACUGAAAAACAUAUGUUGCGUGUACUUGAUGCUACUAAAAGAUUUUUCAAAUGUAAUGAUUGCAACUCAAGAAUUGCUUGUUUGACAAUGUUUCCUUUGAUUUCAUGUAAAAAUUGUAAUGGUUCCAAAUGGGAAAGAGCUCCAAUGAUGGGUCACAAAAAAGUUGAAGAAAUUCAUUUAAGUAUUCGUGGAGACGAACAAACGUUCUUGAGCUCUAUGCAACCUAAACUUAGUAUGAGUUUAAUGGUAGCAGAAGAAGAUUGAUCAAUAAUAAAAUGAGUUCAUAUUCCUCUUGCAAAUGUAUUGUUUAAUCGAGAAGUUAUUUCACAAUUUUGAGUAAUAUGAAAUAUUUAAAAUAAUUAUUAGACUAUAUUCUGUAAUACAUUGGUUUAAUUUUAUGCGUAUAUGGAAUAUAUUUAUACUUGAACGAAUUAUUACUUAAAUUAUAAUAUUAAAAAACUGUAAUGAAUGUAUAUAAAUUAUUUUUUAUUCAUAUCAUAGAUUAUAGGCAUAUUGAUAUUAUUUUUUUUACCUUCACAAUUUAAAUGUCUGUAUUAAGUUGAAUGCAUUUUCAAUAUUAAUCUUAUUUAUCUUUCAUAAAUUUAAUAAAUCAUUAUUUCUUAUCUUUGUAUAAACAUUUAAAAGUACCUGAAUAUGUAGUACUCAAAUUAUUAUAUUCUUAUAAUUAUUAUUAUGCGGUACACAUAAAACUAUCAGUGGCGUAUACAAGGGGGCGUUGGGUCAUAUCCCCCCGCCAUUGGUUUAUUAUUUUUUGUUUUUGCUUACAUUUUAUGCAGUAUGCACUAUGAUGUAAUAUUUUGUGAUAUUAUGAUUUAUCGAGCUAUUGAAUUUCGACAAUUUUUUCAAUACUAAAUACCAUUAUAAUUUUA